AUGUCCACCGAAGACGCGUGGACGACGGUGACGCGAAAGUCAUCGCGAUCGAUCUCUCGUCGCGACGAGGCGCGGUUGCAGCGCGCGGCCGCGAAGACGAACCUCGGCGAGGCUGCGCGCGCGCGAGAGCUCGAGCUGGACGACAACGAACUCACCGAACGCGUCGACGCGCUCCGCGGGAAGAUUCGACGCGCGCGCGAGGACGUCGAGCGGGCGUCGUUCGUGCGUCGAGCCGUGGACGCGAUCGAGAGUGCGGUGCGAGCGCGGUCGAGGGGGCGCCGAGCGACGGUGCUCGCGUUGGGGUUGGGGUCGCCUUCGACGAGCGCGGCGACGAGAUGUCAACUCGCGUUCGCGACGGUCGUCACUGAGGCGUUGAGCGACGCGAGUGAGACGCCCGCUCGAUUGUUGGCGUACGACCCGUGCUUCACGCUCGUAGACGAGCGCGCGAUGAAGGCGGAGGCGGCGUGCGAGACGUUGGAUCGAACGCGGUGCGACGCGUACGUCGAGGCGACGACGAACGGUGAUGACGACGAUGGGUUCUUGGUGUUUUACAUGCCACACUGCGAGGGACAUCUGUACGAGUCCGUCGUCCAGGCGCGAUGGAGCGUGCAGGGUAUGCGGGAGUUCGUGUGCGUCGGGAACACGUUCGAGACGUACGCCGAGCGAUGGAAGACAAAAAACGCGGAUCCGGAGAAAAAGCGACCGUCGCGCGUGAUCGCGGCGUCUAGCAUAGCGAAUUCGAUGCUCGUGGAUCCGGGAGACACGUUUGCGGUGCAGGGCGCGUUCAACGAUACGAGCGUUCAAACAUUUGACGUCGACAAAUUGUUGCCGGUAUUUCUUGAAAACUAG